GGCGGAUUAUAACGGCACAUAGAUAUAAACAUAUAUAUAUAUAUACUUAUAUAUAUAAAAACAUAUAUAGACAGUUAUUAUGUGCAUGUCUGCGUAGAGGAGAAGAGGAAGCUGAAAAGCAGCAUUCAAGAAAAUCCAUCUUAACCAAAUCAAUUUAGCGCAAAUCUUAACACAAUACUGCUACGAACAUUCAGAAAAAAACCCCAUUUAAAAAUGUUGUACCAACGCAGUUGAUUAAGAAAAACACACCAAAAACAAAAAUUAACAUAACUAAUAAAUAUUUAAAUGAUAAAUCGUAUAUAAAUAUUUAUAUCGAUAAGCGUUUAAAAACCUAAAACAAUAAGACACAAAAAAAAACAAAAGUAAACAUAUAGUUUAAAACUAGCCUAAUAAAAACAGACAGACACCCUCCUUAGACCUGGUGCAAACGAAUCCUAAUCGUACUUAAAGUCAACUAACAAGGAAAAGGAAAAAAAACAAAAACAAUGGCCGACAAGAAGAUUGGUGAAUACUAUUCGCCUCCGCCAAAGAUGGGCAAAUGGGAGGGUUUCAGAAAAUUCCUAUGGAACAGUGAAACUAGCCAAUGCCUCGGACGCACCGGUUCCAGUUGGGCAAAAAUUUUACUUUUCUAUAUUAUAUUCUACGCGGCGUUAACCGGAUUCUUUGCUGCCAUUUUUGCGGUGUUCUAUCAAACAUUGGAGGCUGAUAAACCCAAAUGGAUGCUUGACAAUGGAAUGAUUGGAUCGAAUCCAGGUCUUGGCUUUCGACCAAUGCCCCCAGAGGCGAAUGUUGAGAGCACUUUAGUUUGGUACGAAUCAUCGAAGAAAGAUAAUUACAUGUAUUGGGUUGAGGAAACUGCACGAUUUCUGAAAUCUUAUGACGAUCUACCCAAGAAGAAUCACGUCAACUGCUCAUUUGACCAUCUGCCAAGCGAGGGCAAAGUCUGCGGCGUUGAAGUUAGUAGCUUUGCGCCCUGCACUGAGGAUAAUAACUUUGGUUAUCAUGUGGCCCGACCCUGCAUAUUCCUCAAGUUGAAUAAGAUUUACAACUGGGUACCACAAAUUUACAACGAUUCAAAAGCUUUGCCCGGUGACAUGCCCGAGGAGUUGAAGCAGCACAUCAAGGAGAAGCAGAGCCUGCGGCCAAAUGAGACUGGCGUUGUUUGGGUGUCAUGCGAGGGUGAAAAUCCAGCUGAUGUCGAAAACAUUAAGGCACGUGAUUAUUAUCCUCGCAUGGGUUUCCCCCAUUUCUACUUCCCUUUCAAAAACAUUGAGGGAUAUAUACCGCCAAUUGUUGCUGUUCAGUUCACCGUUGAAACCGGCGUCUUGAUCAACAUUGAGUGCAAAGCCUGGGCUCACAACAUCCAUCAUGAUCGCUCGGAUAGGAGAGGAUCCGUCCACUUCGAGUUAAUGGUCGACUAAGAGAAACGCAAUGGAAACGCAUCAGUAAAAGGCUAAAAGCUACAAGAUCAGCAAACAGGAAGUGCGGAGAAGCAAAAGUAUAGCCGGGAUCCGUAAAAGGAUGCAAAUGACGAAGAAGCGUGAAUUAGGCAUACAAAAACAAAACAAAAAAAACAAGAAGAAAAUUAAAUAAAUAAAUAAAAUGAAGGUUAAGAUGAAAGUUAAGCAAAGUCACGCUAAAUAAAAAACAGUGACAAAACACACACACAAAAACGUAGCAAAGCAAGCAAAAACAAAAACAAAAACCAAGACAA